UUAGGCAACGACUAAUAAUGGCAGAAAAAGGAGCGUAUUUGACAGGAACUAUUCAUGCCAGGCCAUCGAUAUUUGAAGUUGUAGCACAGGAGUCCUUAGCCUCGACACUACAGCCAGCAUUUCAAAAAAUCAUCUCAUAUUUAGUAUUAGCCAGCCCACACCGAUAUGGAUGGCUCGAAAAAUGGUCUGAUGAAGCAUACUUGGUUUUCAACUCUGCUCUACAAUAUCACUAUCUCAAAAAAUAUUCGGCAUCGUUUUCGGAAACAUUCUAUGGACUGAAACGUGCUUCAUUAGUAGAGGGAUCAGAGGGAUAUUUAACGAACACACAAAGAAAAUUUUCUCUCUUACUACUUGUGCUCUUCCCAUACAUUCGAAAUAAAUCCUUUACACUUGCUGAAAGAUAUAAAUUUGAUGCUGCUGAUGGCAAAGUUCCCAAACAAAAAUGGAAAGUAUUUUUGAGGUACUUAAUGACAAAUGGUUAUUCAGUAUUUCAUGUAACCUACGAAUGCUUGAUACUCUAUCGGUACUUGGCUUACAUGGCUGGAAGUUCAAAGGAAUCUACUCCACUUCUUCAGCUCGCAUCUCUCACCUUAACAUAUGCAGAUACGCAAAAAUUCCUUAGUAUAACUGACUUACUGAAUAAAACCAGGCUCGGAAUGCUGACCUUCAGUGACGCCAUAGACUUAUUUGGAAGAGUUUUUACCAGGUCACUUGAAUUUGGAGCGUUCUUCUUGCAGUUCCUUCGCUGGUGGAAUCAAGAAAAUUAUCACACUAAUUUGCUGGCUCUGCCAACACCCACACCUCCUAUGGUCCCAAAGAUAGCCCUGCAGUAUAAAGGCUUGUGUCCCAUCUGUCGCAAAGCUCGCAGAAUUCAUACAGCUCUUCCAGUUUCGGGGUAUGUCUUCUGCUAUCAAUGUAUUCUCAAACACAUACGAGAACACGAGAGGUGCCCAAUCACAAAUUACCCCGCCAAAGAGGAUGACUUGGUACGUUUAUAUGUAGAAUAAAGUUUUUAGUAUUAUGUUAUAUUUUUGUACAUUCGAGCCGUUGAAAUAGCGUUAUAUUGUAUAUAUGGGUAACUCAAGAUGACGCAUAUUACUUAAUUGGGAAUUAGUGUAAUACGAAUUAUUACUUGAACAUCAUUUGUGGGUGUUGGGGGGGGGGGGGGGGGGGCAAUUGUAUGUCGGUACAUUUUUUGAUAAUAUAUUAUAUUUCGUUAUAAAUGUCAUAUGAAUCAAAUUGAGCUUUCGUAUUUCUCUUACAAAAUCAUUUCUCACAUAUUAUAACGGUGCAUUAUUGGUGUUUCAAGAUACGGUUUAUUUUCCGAAAAUCUCGUUUGCUCUACUUGUCAUUGCUGGUAAAAAGUAUUGUUUCCACAUAUCAUUUGGUGUGAGUUACUCAAGACAUUGUCGCCGUUGGACUCGCAGUGGAUGGGGUUGG